CUCUUAUAGAACUUUACAAAGACAAAUUGGUGGGGAUUGGAGAAGUGAGUGGAAUUCUGUAACUUGUUUAAAUCUCUCAAGCAGCAGCUGUCACUGGAAUUACAAAAACUGAGUCAAUGCUUGUUUUUCUGUAUGUGGUUGGACUAGAUUUCACUCCCAGAUUUGCCAGCACUGAUGAACAGAAGGAAGGACAAAGACAGGUUUUGAUCAAGCAGAUUGAGCUGGCAAGAAGACUGGAUUUGCCAUUAAAUGUUCAUUCCCGCUCAGCUGGAAGACCAACCAUUAAUCUCCUGAAGGAACAAGGUGCUACCAAGGUGUUGCUCCAUGCCUUUGAUGGGAAGCCGUCUGUAGCCAUGGAAGGGGUGAGAGCUGGAUACUACUUCUCCAUUCCUCCUUCCAUUAUAAGGAGUGAACAGAAGCAGAAGCUUGUGAAACAGCUGCCGCUGGAAAAUAUGUGCUUGGAAACUGACUCUCCUGCUCUGGGGCCUGAAAAACAGGAAGGUGCUUCUGGAGAUAAAUGUCCCCAGGAUGGAAACGCCUUGGUUGUACCUCCCCAGAAUCAAACGGGUUUGAUGUCACUGAGACCAGCGCAGCAUAGCAAAGAUGGAUUUGCCUCUGCGUCGAUCUGCUUUCCCUGGUGUCUCAUUACUGCUUCCGUGCAGGAAGCACAUGACACUGAGUGUGCCGAACCAUUGGGUGGAGAGGGAGGACAGAUGAUGCUCUGUGGGCACGGCGGCGGUGAAACCCAAGAUGUGCCAGCCAUUCUCAGCACAGGACGAGUUUGGACCGUUCUCUGAGGUUGUUAGCUGGCAGCAGCUGGAAGCAGGCAAGGGUGCAACAGUACGGAAAGGAAGAACGGGAGAACAGAACCUGUUUUCAUCUGGUUUUAAGGAGUAAAUGCUGUCUUUGGAUGGACUUUGAGAUCAUCCAGAUUUCGAGGGGAAAAUAUGUUAAAUGAAAUCAGAUGUAGAUCAGUGUUUGUACCUUAUUCCAAAAGAACAAGAAUAAUUUAGGACGCUAAUGCAUCUAUUCCACCAGCCAAAGUGUCACAGCCCUUUCCCUGAUGCCAAGGGCAACCCACAGCCUGUGCCAGAGAUUAUGAAGGGCCACUGCUGCAAGCACUGGCACAGACAGAGUCUCAGCUGUGUUUUCAGCACACAAUGUGUAAUAUGGAUAUACAUUCCUAAAGUCAAAGCCAGUUAUUCUGUUGCUUUGAUAAUGUUUGUUUCAGUUCCCACUAUACUUCUUCCUCUUGAGGUCCUGUUUUUAAAAAAAAGAUCCAUUGCUACAAUACUUCGAACAAGUCAGAUAGAGAAACUGAGAGAAAUUUACCAAGCAUCUGAUCUUA